AUGAGUCACAUGCUGCACGCGCCCAUUAUCCUGCUGAAGGAGGGAGCAGACACCUCGCAAGGCCGCAGCCAAAUCAUCAGCAACAUAAAUGCCUGCCAGGUUAUCGUGGACAUCGUCAGGUCCACUCUAGGGCCGCGGGGCAUGGACAAACUGAUAGAGGGGGAACACGGAGUGGCCACUGUCACCAACGACGGCGCCACAGUGCUGAAGCUGCUGCAGGUCAAACACCCCGCAGCAGCACUGUUGGUGGACAUUGCCCAGAGCCAGGACCUCGAGGUGGGGGACGGGACGACUUCGGUGGUGGUUUUGGCGGGAGAGCUUUUACAAGAAGCAAAAACUUUCAUUGAAGAUGGAAUGGCCCCUCAAGUCAUUGUCAAGGGUUUCAGAGCCGCCAGGGACCUCCUGGUGGUGGAGGCGGUGGAGCUGGUGGGCCCCGAGGGCAGCCGGGAACUGCUGGGAGUCAAGAAAGAGGGGGGCGGGAGUUUGGGAGAAAGCAAAUUGGUGAAAGGAAUUAUUUUCAAAAAGACUUUUUCUUACGCGGGCUUCGAGCUGCAGCCGAAGCAGCAGCAGCAGCCGAAGGUGCUGCUGCUGAACUUGGAGCUGGAGCUGAAGGCGGAGAAGGAAAACGCCGAAGUCCGCGUCGAUAACCCCCAGGAUUACCAAGCUGUGGUUGACGCGGAGUGGGACAUCAUUUACGAAAAGCUCCAGGCCAUUGUCGACAGCGGGGCCACAGUGGUCUUCUCCAAACUGCCCAUUGGAGACCUCGCCACUCAGUUCUUCGCAGACCGCGACAUCUUCUGCGCCGGAAGAGUCGAAGAGGCCGACUUGGAAAGAGCCGCGAAAGCCACCGGCGCGAAAAUCCAGUCCACAGUUUACGGGCUUUCUCCCGACGUUUUGGGGAGCUGCGGGCGGUUUGAGGAGGUGCAGGUGGGCAGCGAGCGGUACAACUUGCUGAGCGAAUGCCCGGGGGCCCAGUCCGCCACUUUGCUGCUGCGGGGGGGGGCCCCCCAGUUUUUGGAAGAAGCAGAAAGGUCUUUGAAUGAUGCUUUUAUGAUGGCGUUGUCGCGGCACAUUCGGGACAUAAGUCGGGGAAUUUCCGGAAAACAACAAUUAGUUUUCAGAUCUUUUGCAAAAGCUCUCGAAGCAAUUCCGAAGGCGCUGACGCGCAACGCGGGUUUCGACUGUACAGACACCCUAAACCGCCUGCGCCAGAAGCACGCGGCCGCCAACAACGAGGCGUGCUGGAUGGGCGUGGACUGCGUGGGGGGUGGGAUCGUCGACUCCAUGGCAGCACAUGUGUGGGAACCUGCUGCAGUGAAGCAGCACGCAAUUGCUGCAGCAACAGAAGCUGCUUGUUUGCUGCUUUCCAUCGACGAAACCAUCACCCAGCCCAACCCCCAAGACAGGAAGGGGGGCCCCCACUGA